AUGGCCUCAAUUCUCAGGGGCCUUUUCAAGUCCAAAGCAUCAGGCACUCCAAAUCAUCGUGUCAAAGGUCAUUCGUACGACUCUGCCAUUGCCUUAGACCCACCGGUCAAAGGUUCAUAUCCGGUUGCAGGCAAUGGACCCAAUGUCCUCGAGGAAAUCCAGCGCUCCAGGGCACAGAGGGAUACCUCGAGUGCCCGGCGACAGACAAGUGUAGCUGCGGCCCCCAAUGUCCCUAGAUAUCGAGAAGACAUUAUCGAAAGACCACAAACUGCACCCAACGAUGGAACCGCGGAUGGAGGACGCAAUAAACGAAAUAGCAAGAUAGGAAGUGCCACUUGGUCAGGCAGGACACGAUCUGGAUUUUCUACGAAAUCACCUCCCAGUAUCUUCAGAAGCAGUAGUCGAAAUGGCAGGAGUAAUUCGAUCAAUUCAACCACCGAAGCUCCCCAUGCUUCUGUGCCAACGCCUUCCACCACGCCCAAGCCGCAGACGUACCAGCCGAAGAAAGGGCCCGGGUCAGUAUCAGGCUCUUCAGCUGCAUUCACGCCUCCAUUCGGUCAACACAUUCGGAACGAAUCAAAUGCCUCUCAUAGAUCCUAUGUCGAUUUACUAGAGGCACAUUCGAGUAUACGACCAGAAAGUUCAAAGCAUAGGGCUAAGGCUUCGGGCAUACGAAACUUUGGCGAGGACGUUGCAGACCGAAAUAUUGAUCGGUUCGGAGCGGGCAGCCAUACACAAUUGGACCUGAACUCUCCACAGUUCAGCUACAUGAAGACCGUCUAUGCCCCGAAGAAGAGACCAAUUGCAGAUGUGGCGGGUGCGGGAACACAUUCCAGAGUCUCAUCUGCAUUGGGCCAUGUAAUGGGUGAUGACGGGCCAAGUGACGACAUACCACCACGCAGCCAUAGGGAAACCCCCUCCAUUCGGACCACAACAUCGGCGUCUAGGUCACAUCCUCUUCGAAACGAGACUACGCCUGUAGUGGCGUCCAGUAGAAGUCGGGAUCAUGAUGGAGCUUCAUCAUCUGGGGCUCAUCCCUCCAAUGAUCGACGAGCCAGAGCUUUGUCUCCGCUGUCACAAACGAACACUGCUCAAUCUUUUGACGAGGACGAGCCCAUCAUGCAUAAUAGUCAUCCAGGAAUUAUACGUCCUAAUGAACCUUCAUAUGAUCCUCGAGGACAAGAAAAUGUUGUCCAAGAACCUCCGCCAGUUGCAACACCAGUCUAUAAACCAAAGUCACCGCCGCCUCAGGGGAUCAAUCAACACACUCCCACUCCUACGGCCAACCACACGGUGAAACGAAUGCCCGCGAUGCCACCUACCAAUGAGAGUGCUAUCCAUCCACCUGUGAGUGUCAAAACGAAUGGACACAAGAAAUCAAAGAGUGGAUCAGUAAGCUACUCGACCUUUCCCAACGUCAGCAAUCGACCUGGCAACAACAACAACAACCAGACAAACCAAACAGAAUAUGCUGCACGGUCCUCGUCCCUAAGUAAAAACAGCAAAAGACAAGGCAUGAUUCUCGAGAACUCGAGCGUUCCUCAAAAUCUGGACGCAGUGGUUGACCAGAGUAAUACGGUGGAUACAGAUGUUACCACCAAAACACUUCCCGCCGUUACCCACGAGCACGUCACGCCGGUGCGACACGAAGUCAGAGAAGAGCGGGUCGUCCGCGAGAUUCACACGCACGAGGUUAGGCAUCAUGUCCUUCCUGUGCUCGAUACUGAGAUUUUGCCUACGAGACACUAUGUCCCGAGCUCAGAUGGCAAAGGUCUCGUGGAGAUCCCGGAGCCGCAAGUCUCGAAGCAUAAAAUCACUGGGAGUAUGAAUGGCACCUGGUCGUUAUCAAAGAGACCGUACUCUUCACGAUCACGCACCAGCUCUCUCACCCAUGCCUCUAUACAGCAGCCUCAACCUCCACCUCCUCUCAACCCCGAGGAAUACGAAAGCGCCGAAGCUCCAGUCGUUGGACUCGCUCGUGGCGACCCUAAACCCCGCUCCCGAGCUAACUCUCGAGCUUCAAACCACACCGUCAAAACAUCCCGAAGCCUGAAGAAUAUCUUCACGGAACCGAUACUCACUAGCAAGAAGGAGUACGUGACCGACGAAGGGUAUCCUCGGACUGAAUACGUCUGGCGACAUCAACCAGUCUUUGAGGACGCGACGGGACGAACCCAGCCUGUGACGAUGAAUGCUGGGAUUCUUGGCGAUUCGAACGCUCCUCCUCAGCAGUUCCUUGAAGAUGGGAUUCCCAAAGAGGGCAAACCUCGCCGCUCGGAGGAUGAAGAGUCCUUGCUGUUUCGUGACUCGGGGUAUGGGUCGAUGGGUAUGCUUCCUGGUCUGUCAGCGCUGGCUCCUAUGGCUGGGCAGGGAUACAAGACUGACGGAGGUACCGUGAACGAACUUGGAAGAAAGACCGAUUCUGGAAGGGCUGCAGAUGGUGGGAAUGUGGGGAACGUCAAGAUUGCAAGUAACGCGGAGGGCGAGGCUACCAAAGCCUUGAGCCGAAUGCGAGAGAGGAGUAAGAGCAAUGUGGCGAACAAGUCGGCGGCCUCGAGUGUGAGGAGAGCGAGUAUGCCGCACGUGGGGGAUUUGGUGAGAGGAGUGGAUGGAUUGCAGAUGUAA